AUGAUGUAUAAUAAUAAUAAUAGAAGAUAAAUUCACCAACUACAAUAUAUGUAUGUUUCAUAAAACAUGUUCUGACCGAUUUUGUUGACAUUUGUGAAGAGUAUCUUACCAUUAUCAUACCGUUUGUUAUUGUUUUUAUUUUGGACUUGGUGCUACAGUAUUUGGAAAGGUGUUAAGGUUAUUAAAGCGUGCAGGGGUACACAUUACAACAGUUCAGAUUAUAUCAAAGCGAUAGAACCCAUGGUAGACAUCAGGAUGCCAUCCGAGGAAAACCAUAUUUUCGAAGAAAACACGUGUCCCGGAAGUGUUAAUGCAGCAGACGAUGAUGUUUGUUUGCUAGGCAGUUCAGUACACAUGCCGAAACCAGACGUGGAGAAAAAAGAAACGAGAGUUGAAAUGUCUUUGAUAGAAGCUGCGAGAUUGAUUACGUACCUCAACGAUGCCUCAGAUCUGUUGUCCAGACAUGUAGAUGAACUUCAGUAUAUCGAAAUGCAGAAAGAAACACCAAUGUUUCAGCGUUGUCAUUGUACAAACAUGAAGACGGCUAUGUCCAAAAUGAUAAGUAAGUUUACCGGAGCAAAAGGAAUAUCUGCAACAGUAAUAUUACAGCUGGUUUGUAUUAUAAUGUUGGCGUUAGUGGACUGCCUGCCGAAAAAUGACGACGAUAAACAAUUAGCAUUAAAAUACGGUUCCAUAGCCAUGUUGUUUUUACAGACACUAAAUCUCAUAGUCGUUAUUCUCAUCUCAGUUCAGUUGUUGAGUCAGAUUCAGAAAAGGGAGGUAACUAGGAUCCUGCUGGCACAGUCAUAUAUAGCUACCGUUCUUCUCUUCUCCGGCAUCUAUACGGCGUCAUACAGAAUGGAUCCUCGAUCUUGGAAAUUUGUAUCUGACGCCGAAGAGAACUUAAGUCCCGUGAUGAUAGUCACGUUGUACACGAGAUUUCUAUUCUUCUCCGUCUCCACGGCAACGCUGUGUGGCGCAGCCGACGCUUUACCAAAGGAAUGGUACACGAGUUUGUUCGUUUCCGCCCAGAUGUUGCUCAGUUUUAUGUACUUUACUUCGGUGCUGGGAACCACUCUAAGCAAGCGCAGACGACCAGCACCAAAAGCAAAAAUACUUUCAAAAGAAUUGGUGAGGUUUCAAGAAAAUCAAGGACGUAAAGUGUCGAAAACUUUCACGGAAAUCUCGUGAUCAAGUUGGCAAAGCGCUUGUUGAGAGGCCAUUUGCUUCCAAAGGAAGUACCUACAGAACUUGUAACUUUUUUUAUUGAAGUAAACUAAACUAAAAUACCAAAAGAGCAUAAUAGGCAUCGGCGCACGUGCAUUGUUUUGUUGAUUGCCAUCCAGUAUACACUUGCACGCAGUAAAAGGAUUGUGUUGUAUUUUACAUACACCAGGCACAAUAACUAGAAAGACGAUAACAGUGUGUGGUAUUUUAUGCAAUAUCAUGCACCGGGUGUCCAAUGUUUAAAAAAACAAGCUUUUUUAUGAUUUUCAUCUAAUCUUUAUUGAAAGAGAAAGAACUAUACACACAGAGUCAAUCAUAGACUUGAAUGAAAAGAUCGAAAAGCAAUUAAAAUACAACACAGCAGUA